GGUUGGCAGCGACGGCGGCUUAGCACAGCUGGGAAGUGUGUGGGGAAGCGACGCUGACCGCGUUGGGCACUUUCAGGUGCCGGGCGCGGCCGAGCCGGAGUUGCCGGGGGUCUUUUGGGGGGGAGGGUGAGCUGUUGCUUUACGUGCUUCUGCUGCCUCCUCCUCCUGCUCUUCUUCAGUGAAGCGCGCUCUUCUCUUUCUGUCCCCGCCCGGGACCGAGUCCAUUGGCUUCAAAAUGGCGGACGGGGAGCUGAAUGUGGACAGUCUCAUCACCAGGCUGCUGGAAGUGCGAGGAUGUCGUCCUGGCAAGAUUGUGCAGAUGACAGAAGCUGAAGUACGUGGCUUGUGUAUAAAAUCACGAGAAAUCUUCCUUAGCCAGCCCAUUCUUCUGGAAUUAGAAGCACCACUGAAGAUCUGUGGUGACAUUCACGGUCAAUAUACAGAUUUACUUCGAUUGUUUGAGUAUGGGGGAUUUCCACCUGAAGCCAAUUAUCUUUUUCUGGGGGAUUAUGUGGACAGAGGCAAACAGUCCUUGGAAACCAUCUGCUUAUUACUUGCGUAUAAAAUCAAAUAUCCGGAGAAUUUUUUCCUCUUGAGAGGAAACCAUGAGUGUGCUAGUAUUAAUCGCAUUUAUGGAUUCUAUGAUGAGUGUAAACGGCGAUUUAAUAUCAAGCUUUGGAAGACAUUUACAGACUGCUUUAAUUGUCUGCCUAUUGCAGCUAUUGUAGAUGAGAAGAUUUUCUGCUGUCAUGGAGGGCUGUCUCCAGAUCUUCAGUCAAUGGAACAGAUUCGAAGAAUUAUGAGACCUACAGAUGUUCCUGACACAGGCUUGCUGUGUGACCUACUGUGGUCUGAUCCAGACAAGGAUGUGCAGGGAUGGGGCGAAAAUGAUCGUGGAGUCUCCUUCACUUUCGGAGCAGAUGUGGUCAGCAAAUUUUUGAAUCGUCAUGAUUUGGACUUGAUUUGUCGAGCUCAUCAGGUGGUUGAAGAUGGCUAUGAAUUCUUCGCUAAACGACAGCUUGUUACCUUAUUUUCUGCUCCUAAUUAUUGUGGAGAGUUUGAUAACGCUGGUGGGAUGAUGAGUGUGGAUGAAACGUUGAUGUGUUCUUUUCAGAUUCUGAAACCAUCUGAAAAGAAAGCAAAGUACCAGUAUGGUGGAUUGAAUUCUGGACGUCCAGUCACUCCACCUCGCACAGCUAAUCCACCGAAGAAGAGGUGAAGAAAGGAACACAUUAGAACAACCAUCAGAUCUAUAAAGGACAAAACUCCAUAUAUACAGUAUAUAAUAAGUGUGCACUGUAAAACCAUCCAGCCAUUUGACACCCUUUAUGAUGUCACAUCUUUAACUUAAAGAGACGGGUAAAGGAUCUUUAAUAUUUUCUAGUUGACUGAUGUGCAACACUGUAUUGUAACAAGUAUACUCCAAUAACCAACAUAGAGUAAAUUCAGAUCUAAACAAAUUCUUUUGGUUGCAUAAUUCACAUCAGUUUUAAAGUUGACCAACGUCCCAAUUUAAGCUUGAUGUAAUAGCUAAACCAGAUGAGAGCAUGAUGUUUCAUUUGUGUAAUGUGGUCUUACUGUUGCUUGACUGCUUUUAUUUCUAUUAUUUUGUAGGUAGAAUGAUGGCAAAGUAUCUAGCAAUGUUCCCUGACUGAAAAUGAAUUGUGGAAGGGAUUUUUUAAAGGCAGCUGCCACUGUUCUCCCUCUUUCAGUGCUCCUGCUAACUUAAUAUGUGCCCCUCUGACAGGAGUAUCACAUGUAAAGGUAAAACACAUCCAAGCUAGUUCACUUGAAUAGAGCUCCCUGCUUGGAAAACCCAGCAGUCAAUAUUUUCUGAAGAACCAAACUUGCAUUUUAUCAUAGAUUUCCACAGAAUGACUUUGUGCACUGCACCAUUUUAAAUUAACACUCAUGAUGGCACUUCAUUUUACUAAAAUAGGGCAAGAAUGGUAUUAUUAGUUGGUAACUUGAUCAAGUGGUACCUUGCAUUAGAUUUUAUUAGCAUGAAACACCUUUUUGGCAUGCUUAGCUUCCUGGUAAUGCCAUACUUGCAUUAAAUUGCAUCUUGCAUAGCUCACCGAACAUGAAGAUCCUCCUUUUACAAGCCUUGAAAAGCUAGCCCUUUUCUCUCCCCCACACUUUUCCACGCCCUUCAGGAGGAUGUAUUUGAUAGGAUGUUGAUCAGUGAGCAGUAGGUUAACUAUGGCUAGUGGUGGUUGGACUGUCUAAUAUUGCCAUGUGAAUGUUCUACAUGAUUGUAAGGCUUAUGUCACUAAAGAGUAUAUCUCUGGAUUUUCAUGAUCAAAGUUCAUAUAUUUCUGUAUAGAUUUCUGCUUUGUAGUGUACUAUAGUAGCAAUAAUUUCUGUACAUGAUCAAGAGUUGAUGCAGUAUUUCUUUUCUUGUUUUCCUUUCUUAAAGGGUUCGUAUUGAAAAAAUGGCAAAGUGGUAAAGUAAAUGUCCACAGAUUGUAGGAGGAUAAAAAUGGAAAGACAGAUUGGAUAAGAAAACAAAUUUUGUUGAACACACACAAAUUUAUAUGAUUUAGGGAGAAGCUGCUGAUUUAUACCAUUCUAAAUGUGCAACAAUAAAUGUAAAACUCCUUAAUAUUGUCUUCAUAAAUGAUAAGUUGAGGAUUGUGAUAACUUGCAUUUUAUGAACUGGCACAUAUUAUGCAAGGGUGGUUUCUGGCAAAGUGAGAAGUUCUUUAAAAUGGAUUUAAGUCUCUUUUCUAAUUCCAUUUUGUUUUAAAUGCAUAUAUUAAAUGUAGGUUUUUUUCAUUUAGUAAAGUUGUUUAAUUGAUUUGAA